GCUGCCCGCGGCUCCGGGACCAUGGACCGUCUCAGCGUGCUGGACCAGCUCCUGCCAGAGCUCAGCGUCUUGCUUAAGCUGCUCGACCACGAGUACCUGAGUGCCACCACGCAGGAGAAGAAGCUGGCCGUCUCCACCAUCCUGCAGAAGCUGCAGCCACCCGCAGGGAAGGAUGUGGACUACACGUACGUCAACACGGCAUCCCUGAGCAAUGGCACCAGCUUCGUGGAGUCUCUCUUCGAGGAGUUCGACUGCGACCUGGGGGAUCUCCAGGACAUGCAGGAGGAGGAGGGGGACACUGGCGAUGGCGUUGGCUUGGAGCUGGCGAGGAGCCAGAUGGCAAAAGCCGUUCCUGCGGACCCUGCUCCGCCGCUGCCCACCACUCCCCCGCCUGAGGAUUACUACGAGGAAGCCCUGCCCCUGGGCCCCGGCAAGGCCCCUGAGUACAUCACCUCCCGCAACAGCUCCAGCCCCCCCAACUCCAUCGAGGAUGGCUAUUAUGAGGAUGCAGACAGCAACUACCCUGUCACCAGGAUGAAUGGGGAGCAAAAAAACUCCUACAAUGACUCUGAUGCGAUGAGCAGUUCUUACGAGUCAUAUGAUGAUGAGGAGGAGGAGGGGAAGGGCCAGCAGCUGACACACCAGUGGCCGUCGGAGGAAGCCUCCAUGAACUUGGUGAAGGACUGCAGGAUUUGCGCUUUCCUGUUGCGCAAGAAGCGCUUUGGACAGUGGGCCAAGCAGCUCACCAUCAUACGGGACAGCAAACUGCUGUGCUACAAAAGCUCCAAGGACCGGCAACCACACGUGGAGGUGCCCUUGGGGACCUGCAGUGUCAUCUACGUCCCCAAGGAUGGGCGGCGCAAGAAGCACGAGCUGCGGUUCUCCUUGCCGGGAGCCGAUGCGCUGGUGCUAGCUGUGCAGAGCAAGGAGCAGGCUGAGGAGUGGCUGAAGGUGAUAAAGGAGGCCAGCAGUCCAGCAGCGGGUGGGAUGGAAGCCCCCACCUCUCCAGUGAUGCCGUGCAAGAUGGACCUGGAUAAGCGGCUGUCGCAGGAGAAGCACACCUCCGACUCGGACAGUGUGGCAACGGGUGAGACCGGCUCCCCAGCAGCCCGCAGAGAGCCCGGCGAGCACGGGAAAGGCAAAAAGAGCGGCUUGGCUGACCUGAAGGGCUCGAUGAGCCGGGCGGCGGGGAAGAAGAUCACCAGGAUCAUCAGCUUCUCCAAGAAGAAGCCUUCCCCUGAGGACACGCAGACCUCCUCCACCGAGGAGGACAUCCCCUGCUGUGGCUACCUCAGCGUCCUGGUUAACCAGUGCUGGAAGGAGCGCUGGUGUCGCCUGAAGGGCAACACCCUCUACUUCCACAAGGACCACACGGACCUGCGGACCCACGUGAACGCCAUUGUCCUCCGGGGCUGCGAGGUGGUCCCAGGGCUGGGCCCCAAACACCCCUUCGCUUUCCGCAUCCUUCGCAAUGGGCAGGAGGUGGCGGCGCUGGAGGCAAGCUGCUCCGAAGACCUGGGCCGCUGGCUGGGUCUCCUCUUGGUGGAGACAGGCUCGCGGAUGGCACCGGAGGCCUUGCACUACGACUACGUGGAUGUGGAGACGAUUGCCAACAUAGUGACAGCUGUGAGGCAUUCCUACCUGUGGGCCAGCUCCUCCCAGGACCACCAGCCAGACUCCUCCCGCGUGGUGUACGAUGAUGUCCCCUAUGAGAAGGUUCAGGCCGAGGAGGAGCCAGGGCGGCCAGCAGGAGCCCAGGUGAAGCGCCAUGCCUCCUCCUGCAGCGAGAAGUCGCGGCGUGUGGACCCACAAGUCAAAGUGAAGAGGCAUGCAUCGAACGCCAACCAGUACAGGUAUGGGAAAAACCGGGCCGAGGAGGACGCCAGGCGAUUUCUGACAGAGAAGGAGAAGCUGGAGAAGGAGAAAGCAUCUAUCCGCAGCGAGCUGGUGUUGCUGCGGAAAGAGAAGCGAGAGCUGCGGGAAGCCAUGAAGGGCAGCACGGGGUCGAAGCUGCAGGACCUGGAGCAACGGGUGGCAGUGUUGGAGGAGCAGUGCCGGCAGAAGGAGGAGCGCCGCGUUGACUUGGAGCUCAAGCUGACCGAAGUGAAGGAGCGGCUGAAGCAGUCGCUGGCAGGAGGCCCAGCCCUGGGGCUGGCUGUGACCGGCAAGGCUGAGAAUGGGGAAGCGACAAACAAGCCAAACGGGAGCCCCCCUGAGCACUUGGUUCCCGUUAACUGUGCAGCUGAACUGAGGAAGAGAAGUCCCUCCAUCCUCCCUGCCAACAAGGGAAACGUGCUGCGCAAGGCCAAGGAAUGGGAAAAGAAGCAGACUUAAGCCGGGCUGCGGGAAUGCCUGCCAAGCCCCCACCGGACACUGGGGCUCAUGGAGGAGCUACAAGCCCCCUUUCUCGGAGGCGCCAGGAGGGUGCUGGGAAGGCAUGGGAAGGGGGGGAGACGCCGUCCCACACCCCGCCAAUGCAGCACCAUCUGCCUCGUGGGCGACGCUAUAUACCAU